AAGAUCUUGCUGUGGCAACGCUGUAGCCAUCUUCGCAGCGACAAGCGCAGUGUUCUGUAGCGUCCCUCCGAGCACGAGUUGUUGGUAGAACUGUCCUUACUGGCUAAAAUGGCAGACAUCUCGAAAGACGAGCUCCGCAAGGAAAUUGCCGCUAUCCUGAAGGAUGCUGAUCUUACAUCAACAUCAUCCAAAAAAGUCCGCCAGCAGAUUGAAGAGAAGCUGGAUGUUGAUCUUUCAGACAGGAAAAAGGAAGUGGAUGAUUUGGUAAUGGAAUGUCUCAAAGAGAAACAAGACGGAAAAAAGAAAAACAGUAAGGAUGAAGAUGAGGAAGAGGAUGAGGAGGAAGAGGAAGAAGAGGAGGAUGAGGAGGAAGAAGAAGAUGAAAAACCUAAAGCAAAGAGAGCAGCUAAAAAGCCCACGAAGCGGCCCAAGAAAGGCAGCAGUGAAGAAAGUGAUGAAGGCUCAGAUGAUGAUGCAAGUGAUGAGGAAUAUAAUCCAUCCAAAAAGUCUAAGGGUGCCUCGCCAAAAAAAGGCAAACCUCCAGCGAAGAAGAAGAAGGGUAGUGACAGUGACAGUGAUGAAGACUGGGCAAAAGCAAGGAAAAGCAGUUCUGGUGGAGGUGGUGGUGGCGGUGGAGCGAAAAAGAAAGGAGGCGCAAAACGAGGUGGUGGGGGAGGCUACAUCAAAGCCAAAAGCCUUAGCCCAGAAUUGGCAGCACUUAUGGGACAAGACUCAAUGCCCCGUCAUGAAGUUGUCAAAAAGAUAUGGGGCAUCAUUAAAGAAAGAAAUCUUUACGACCCGAAAAACAAGCAGUUUGCUAUAUGUGACGAUGAACUGAUGAAAGUUUUUGGUGUCAAGCGCUUCCGGAUGUUUGGCAUGAUGAAAUAUCUGAAAAACCAUUUUGUCGACUAAAAUUAUAUAUGCAAAUUCUCAUUUUGUUUUAAUGAGAAGAAAUGGUAAUACAGUUUCCAAUGUGAAAUAAGACUUGCCCUUUUUCUGCGUUAGCAAUUGCCAAUUGAUUUGAAGAAAAUGAGUGGAAGUAAAUGUGCUCAUUUUCAUUUUGUAACAGAAGUUGCUAAUACACAACUGGGAUGAAGUAAUUUAGUAGUUUAUAUUCAUUUGCCUUAACAGGAGUGGAGACAGUGGCAAGUGAUACCAUUACAUAUUUAAUAGUGACAGAAUGUGCCACAUGAGGUUUUAUAUUAAUUUCAGUACAAAAUUAUUUCUUCAUUAAUCACUUGGAUUUGUAACAACUGUAAUUUUAAAACAAUUGUGGAUACGUGUGUCCUUUCAAAUACAAAGUAGAUCUGUGAACUGACAUAAUUUUUUUACUCUUCUGUGUAUUUGUAUGUGUGAAAGUAAUUAUAAGAAUAAAAAGGUCAUAAACUCGUUA